GGAUCGGACGGAGGCGACGCACGCAAAAUGGCUUCGGGCGACAAUGUGGACGUGAUCGAGGUGGUCGAGACGACGAGCUUCCCCGUGCCGGUGCAGCCCGCGGUGGAUCACCUCAGGCCGGAGCAAUCCACCGUCGAGGAGGACUAUAAGUCGACCGGAGAGAAAAUAACAGCAUUUGACAGCUCAGUAGUGCAACAUGGUACGACAGGUGGCAAGAUCCCCGCGGGGGUAUCGAGAAACAAAUCGGAGCGAGAGAGGAAGAUUGGGCAUCGAAGAGUCGGAGUGGGAGGUGAAAUCACAUAUAAGAAGAUCCAAACCACGCAAAUUAUGGGAUCUAUUCAACUGGGUAUACAGCAUGCUGUUGGUGGUCUUGCAAGUAAACCGGAACGCGAUUUGUUAAUGCAAGACUUUAUGACGGUGGAGACAACGAACUUCCCCCACGAAGGAUCAAAUCACACUCCAGCCCAUCACUUCUCGGAGUUUAAAUUUAAAAACUAUGCACCCAUUGCAUUUCGUUAUUUUAGAGAUCUCUUCGGCAUUCAACCGGAUGAUUUUUUGAUGUCAAUGUGUAGUGCACCACUGCGCGAGUUAUCAAAUCCUGGCGCCAGUGGGAGUAUCUUUUAUCUAACGGAUGAUGAUGAAUUUAUCAUAAAGACUGUGCAACAUAAAGAAGGAGAGUUUUUGCAAACUCUACUUCCAGGAUAUUACAUGAAUCUAAAUCAGAAUCCAAGAACGUUAUUGCCAAAGUUUUUUGGAUUGUACUGCUAUCGGUGUAAUAGUAAAAAUGUUAGAUUAAUCGCUAUGAAUAAUCUGUUACCUUCAUCUGUAAAAUUGCAUCAAAAGUAUGAUUUAAAGGGGUCUACAUACAAAAGGAAGGCGUCGAAAACAGAACGUUCGAAGUCUUCGCCAACGUAUAAAGACCUAGAUUUCAUAGAGCAUCAUCCAGAGGGUAUCUUUCUAGAAGCGGACACGUAUGGUGCACUAGUGAAAACUAUUCAACGGGAUUGUCGUGUUUUAGAAAGUUUCAAAAUUAUGGAUUAUUCUUUACUUGUUGGAAUCCAUAAUCUUGACCAGGCCGCGAAAGAAAAAGCUCAAGAACAAAGAUUAUCAGCAAGCGCCGACGAAGAAGUUGAUGACAUGGGUGGCGAAAGUGACGGGUUCAUUCAGUCUGAAAGGGAAAAACAGAGAGAGGAUAGAAUAGGCGCCGCCGCUUUAAAUCGAUCGCGCAGUAUAAAUCGUCAGAGGUUGGUCGCUCACAGUACGGCGAUGGAGAGUAUACAGGCUGAGAGCGAGCCAAUAGACGAAGAGGAUGAUGUACCUUCGGGUGGCAUUCCCGCCAGAAAUGCGCGUGGUGAACGUCUCUUAUUGUUCCUUGGUGUUAUCGACAUUUUGCAAAGCUACAGGUUAAAAAAGAAACUGGAACAUACGUGGAAAUCGAUGAUACAUGAUGGGGACACUGUAUCGGUGCACCGGCCAGGAUUUUAUGCGCAACGCUUUCAGGAUUUCAUGGCCAAGACAGUAUUUAAGAAAAUACCAUCACUGGACCUGCCUGAGAUUAAGGGGAAUCACCGCAAAUUCCGUAACCUCGUCACCAGCUAUAUAGCCUUGAAACAUUCCCCGUCGAAGAGGAAAAGUAUAAGCAGACCGCUUAGGCCGUUGGAGGGUGACUUCGAUUCAACCGGUGGCACCCUUCCUUCCACCUGCUCCACCCCGCCCCCGCCCUUUGACGAUGCAGUCCGCUCGAACGACCAAACCCUGGCUUCCGGUGGUCAUCCUCAGCAAGGCAGCGCGACCCCCAUUCUCACGAGCAGCCUGUCCUCUGCUCAUUCCAAACAGAAUAAGGUUGUUCAUCACGUUACCCUCACCAAGACGUAUCACGACACUGUAAGCAUAUCGGACGUGCAUUUGGAGAGCAGCGGUAGCGGCAGCGGCAGCGGCGGCAGGGAAACCAAGUCGUCGCUGAGCGUCGAGAGCGGCGGCAGCAGCAGCCGAGGUGGCGGCUGUCUCACGUGGACCCCGCCGGCCGGAAGUGCCGAGGGCUCGACGCCCACGUGGACCGAGGGCACGCCGUCCUUCACCGAGAGCUCCAGCAGCGGCGACAUAGGUUGCCCGACGACGCCGAUCAAGGGUAAUCAACGUCAAGAUGACGGUGGAAGGAUCGCGGCCACUGUGGAGGAGGCCCUAGCGAGUCUCACGACUGAGAUGAGACGAACCAGCCAAGGCGAGCAACAUCAAUUGGAGCAAAGCACAUCCUUUUCGUUGUAUCGUCAAAUCAGGACGAGCUUGAAGCGCGGUAGCGCGAACCACGUCGCGAUCAUGAGGAACAUGCAAAGGGCAUUAAACAUUCGUCGGGCACCAUGACGCACGCAGAGUUCAUCAGAAAAUGAAUUUAAAUUGUUUUUUUUUUGCAAAUUUCUCUUUCCGAGAUUUUACGGAACUAAUGACAUUAUUGCGCCUAAAAUGGAUCGAUCAAGUCUUUACGAAGCUUCAGAUCUGAAAUAUGUCGGAUUACGUCAAAUCACAAUAAAAAACGAAUUAUCGAUAAACUUA